UCCCCGGCAUCGUCUCUGCGAACCCCCCACCAGGCCCCGAGUGGGGAGUGGGCAAUCUCUGCGGAAACCUCUACUUCAACGCGACACCUGCGUACAGCUACGGCUACUAUGGAGCUUUACAACACGACCAUUGACGGGAAAUCACCCCUAUUCACUUAUACCCCUUUCCGUGCGGCCGGAGUUGAAGGUGCUCUGGGAGCUUGGACCCUCGCGAACCCCGACUUAGUAAGGGGCACCUCAUACACCACCAAUCACACCGGUGCAAACGUGGGGCUACAAUGGACAGGCACUUCCAUAUGGCUCUAUGGCUCAACGAGAGCACGCUCAAACUACCAAAUCAUUCGUAGUUGGAGCGACAAGGUAAUCUACGGUAAUGGAACGAACGGGACAGACGGGGUACUAUUCAGCGAAUCAGAUUUGAACUACGGUUCAUACACGGUCGCCCUUUCUGUCAUCGAAGGUUCAGUGACCGUCUCUCGCGCGACAAUCACAGUGGGAAUGGGAGUUCCUGGCACCGCACUGCAGUCGCAGAACCAGUCUGCUGCGGCAGGGGGCGGCCAAGUCAACCCAUACUUCCGAACCAGCGCCAACAGCUCGUGGGCACCCUUCAUCCUCGAGGGUUCCCAAUCGGUGCUACGGACCACCGGUUUCGGCGACAGGAUCACAUUCACCGUCCAGUCCAGCGUCGGGUUCGCUAUCUAUGGCACUACGGCCUUCGAAUCCGGCGCGUACAACAUCAGCGUGGUUCCUCCCCCGGACAACCUCCCUUCCAUCGUUCAGUACAAUGCGUCGACAGCAUUCGAAGUUCUGGACGCAUUGAAGUUCUUGGCGACGGGCUUGAACGAAACGAUGGACUACACGGUGACCAUGACGAACACGGAUCGCGACAAAACAUGCGACAUCGGUCAGGUCGUUCUGCACAGUGCUGUGCAAGCGUGAGUCUAACGUGUUCUGAGGGAACAUGCGCGUCACACUGACAAUGUCGCUCUCGCAGGUCGAGCUCUCCGAUCAGUGCAAGUUCGACGUCAAGCGUGAAGCCGUCUAACACUGGGUCCGUCAAUUCUGGAGCCGCGACGGCGGGCAGGCGACAUCUCAGUCCGGGAGAUAUCGCUGAUUGGAUGCGCUGCAUGCCUCUUCAUCUCCUGGGUCAUCAUA